UCUCUCUCUCUCUCUCUCUCGUUUGCUCUCUCUCAACUUUGUUUCCUUUCUCUGUUAGCAUAUGUGCCAUUGAAGAAAAUAGUCACUUUGGCUGCGAUUUUGAUCGAUUUGAAGGCCGAUUCAGAAGAUGUUGUAGUUGAAGAAAAGAUGGAUCAAGGCAUUAGUUGAUUAUUUUGGGGAGCCAUUUGAAGUACUUGGAGUAGGAUCUGUCAGUGAGAAGUAAACUAAGAAGUUGAACAUCAAGCAGCAACAAGGAGGAGAUGACGUAGUUGAAGAUAUUGUGUGUCGAUAUUUGCUCUCCAUUUUUAGGUGGACUCUCCUGACACAACAUUGAUGAUAUGUUGAUGGUGACGGAUAUUAUCUCGAAAUAUUGUGACACGUAAUUUAUUUCUGGAACGACAUCCAUCUCCAGGUUGAGAUUUGUACUGUUGCCUUUCUGCUAGCAAGCUUUGCUUCGAUUAAGGUGCUUAACAAGUUAAAUUUGCAUAAGACAAGUCAUUUGGAUCGAUGGAUGCCACUGGACAAAGAAGAAAAAGAGAUAGAGAGCGGUAUGCAAGAAUGAAUGAUGAAGAAAAACAAGAAAAAUUAAAAAAACGUCGUGAAGCCUAUCAACGAAGCAAAACAAAUAAAGAUUCAAGGAAGAAGCCAGAUGUAAAGACAAAAAAAAGAUCACAAUAUGCAACUAUGCGGCCAGAACAGAAGAAAGCUAGAAUAGAACAAAUUAGAGCUAACCGUGAGUUGAACCGCUCCAAAUAUUCAAUUGCGAUGGAGAACCCUGCAUAUAUGGCAACCGAACAGGAAGUUAGUACUUCUACGUUUCCUGUAAAACACAGAAAGCAUGUGACGCCAGGAAAAAGGCAAACAUCGCUACACUAUCGUAAUGAAGAAUUCACGACAAGACAGAUGAAAAUGGUUUCUGUAACAUCACAAGAAGACGGAUCCAUGCCGGCAACCAGCAAAGAUGACAUAGGACCUCUAGAGGAGUCAGAAGUCGUGAUUUAUGACAACCCUUCUUCAAUGUUUCCAUGCACCACAGAAGUGGAUGCACCAACACAAACACUCUACAGUGAUGAUAAUAGUAAGGUGGCUUUGUGGCCAGACAUCCCCUCUUCAUUGUUUCCAACAAUCAGAGAAGUGGAUGCACGAAUACAAUCAUUCUACAAUGAGGAUCACGGUAAUGAUGAAGUCAUAUGUGAGCAAGAAGCAACCAUCAAAGAAGUAGAUGCACCAACACAAUCAAUCUACCAUCAAGAUCAUGGUAAUGAUGAAGUCAUAUUUGAAGAAGACACAGACGAGGAAGAAUACAUGUUCCCUGGUGAAGAAUGGGAUAGAGAAGUGGAAAUCAAAACUGGAGAAGACCAGGAAUUUUACAACCUUGAUCAGUAUGAUUCCGUCUAUAGCAACAUACCAAAGAUCACACACAUGCUCAAAAUGGUACCAAAUUGCAGCUUCUGUAAUGCAAAAAAAAUUAUGUAUGAAUCGAAGGGGUUAUGCUGCAAUAAAGGACAAAUAAGACUAGCCAAUCCAGAUACACCACCUGAACUCAUGAGACUUUGGACAAGCAACGACUCUAAUGCAAGACAUUUUCGAAACAACAUAAGAUUUUUCAAUGGACACUUCUCAUUUACUAGUCUAUACUGCCACCUUGAUAGAGACACAACUGACAUGCGAACAACUGGUAUUUACACCUUUCGAGCUCAUGGUCAGAUCUAUCACAAUAUACACUCAUUUGCUGAUAUUAGGUCAAAUCCAAAGCAUUUGGAGCUAUACUUCUACGAUGAUGAUCCAAACUUAGAGCAUCGAUACCGCCAUUGUCGCGAGGAAAUGUACGAGCAAGACAAGCAUGUGAUCAGAAUAAUAACGAACAUUCUACGCGAUAACCCAUACUCUCAUCAGUUUAGGAGUUUGGGACAAGUCCAAAACCUUCAGGACUAUAGAGUCAUCUUGAACCUUGACCAAAGAUUGGACCAGAGAACAUACGGUGCACCAGUCACUUCAGAGGUAGCUUCAGUGUCAGUUGAAGGAAAUGAAAAAAGAAAUACUUAUGACAAGAAUGUAAUACUACUACAUGGGAAUAACAGAGAAACCAAGCACAUUAGAUCAUAUUAUGGGUGCUAUGAUCCAUUGUCGUAUCCUCUAUUCUUUCCAAGAGCUGAACUGGGUUGGCAUAGGAAAAUCCCAAAGAAGGAUACACCCGAGGAAGAUGUUGGUGCUAAUAAUAUCAACAAUGACGACGUCACAUAUCCAGUCAAUGGCCUCUGGGUAACCAUGAGAGAAUACUACUGUUAUAAAUUCCAUACACGACCAAACAUAUUCAACCCAAUAUUGCACGGCGGACGGCUUUUCCAACAGUUUGUUGUAGAUACAUAUAUCAAGAUUGAAAAUUCCAGACUGGAUUACCUGUGGCAUCAUCAAAAGGAAAUAAGGGCGGAUCUAUACCAAGACCUUGUAGACAAUAUUCAAGCUGGAGAACAAAAGGGAAAUGCAGUUGGAAAACGGACAGUACUUGCCUCGUCAUUUAUUGGAGGGCCACGAGAUAAACUUCGCCGGUAUCAAGAUGCUAUGGCUUUAGUUAGAAAAUAUGGAAAGCCAGACAUAUUCCUCUCAAUGACCUAACCCCAAAUGGGAAGAGAUCACACGUGAACUACAAUCUGGACAAACACCACAAGAUCGCCUAGAUAUUGUCGUUCGUGUUUUCAGGGCGAAGUUGGAAGAAAUGAAAAAGCAACUAUUUGAGAAGACCAUUCUUGGAAAGGUUAAGGCAUAUACAUAUGUCGUAGAGUUCCAAAAGUGGGGAUUACCCCAUGCUCACUUUUUGCUCACCAUGACCGGAAAAUACAAGUACACAGGUCCGGAACAAUAUGACAGAAUCAUCUCUGCCGAGCUCCCUAACAAGCACAAGUACCCAGAGCUAUACAAGAUGGUAAUCAAACAUAUGAUACAUGGUCCUUGUGGUGCAUUGAAUAAAAAAUUUCCAUGCACAAAAAAUCGUCCGUCAUGCAAGAAUAAUUAUCCAAGGCCAUUUAGUGAAACUACAAUUCAAGGCAAGGACUGCUACCCGCUCUAUAGGAGACGCAAUAACGGCAGUACCGAAAUUGUCCGAAAUUGGAAACUCGACAAUAGGUGGGUGGUUCCUUACAAUCCCUAUCUAUUAAGGAUGCUCAACUGCCACAUAAAUGUUGAGAUAUGUUCAAGCAUUAAAGCCGUUAAGUACCUGUUCAAGUUCAUGUACAAGGGUCAUGAUCGAGCAUUUGUAACUGACAAAGUAGACGAAGUGGAAAUUGACGAGAUUCGACAAUACAGAGACACACGGUGGGUGACACCUACAGAAGCAUUGUGGAGAAUAUAUGGCUUCGAACUAAGCAAAAUACACCCAUCAGUCUUGCAGUUGCACCUACAUCUCCCAAAUAUGCACAUGGUUUCAUAUCAUGUCAAGGAAAAAAUAAAAAAUAUUAUCGACCGUGAUGGCACCAAAAAAUCAAUGUUGACAACAUACUUUGAAGCAAACAACUUACAUGUGAAAGCACGAGGCAUACUAUACAGGGACUUUCCGGAAUAUUAUACUCGGCAAAGACGAGGGAAGUUUUGGCAAGAGAGGAAACGAGCCGCUCUGUCCCAGGUUGGCAGGAUCAUCUCAGCACACCCGGCUGAAGGAGAACGAUACUAUCUUCGGGUUCUCCUAAACCAUGUGACAGGCGCCACCAGCUAUGAAGGCCUACGGACAAUUGAUGGACAAGUAAUGCCAACCUUCCGUGAAGCUGCAGAAAAAAGGGGGCUCAUUGAGGCAGACAACACACUAGAUGACGCCAUGACAGAAGCAGAGUUGUUCCAAGUGUCCUCAUCGCUACGAAGGCUAUUCACGACAAUCCUGGUGUUUUGCAUGCCCAAUGACGUCCAUAGCCUUUGGAACAAUCACCUCAAGGCAAUGUCAGAAGACUACAAUAUAAAUUGCAAAUGCAAGCACACGGUUGAACAGAUGGUGCUGAAAAAUAUCAGUGACAUCUUGCACUCAAUGGGAAAAGACAUAGAAUCGUUUCCUCUUCCAAAGAUUGACAAACAAAAUGGCACAACAAAUGAUGUACCUAAGGAGAUCAUAGAGGAGACCUCAAUCGAGGUAGACCCUGAGGACGCAUCUUUGCAUAAGAACCUAAACAACGAGCAGAGGAAAGCCUACGAUAAAAUCCUAGCCACAGUUGACUGCCAAAGAGGAGGCUUAUUCUUUGUCGAUGGACCGGGAGGCACGGGAAACACUUUUCUAUACAGGGCUCUUUUGGCCACAAUACGCGGACAAGGCAAGAUUGCUGUGGCAACGGCCACUUCAGGUGUUGCUGCUUCCAUAAUGCCUGGAGGGAGGACCGCACACCCGAGGUUCAAAAUUCCAUUAAGAAUAGACGAUGGAGAUAUUUGUGGGUUCACAAAACAAAGUGGGACAGCCAAGCUACUCCAAGCAGCAUCAUUAAUAAUCUGGGACGAAGCAUCUAUGACUAAGAGGCAGACAGUGGAGGCACUAGACAAAAGCAUGCGAGACAUAAUGGACAAACCAGAUCUUCCAUUCGGUGGAAAAACGGUCGUGUUUGGUGGUGAUUUUAGGCAAGUGCUCCCUAUUGUCCGAAAGGGAACAAGAGCCCAGAUAGUAGAUGCAUCACUACGCAGGUCCGAGCUCUGGAAUUGCAUGCAUCAAUUGAAGCUUGUGCGCAACAUGAGGGCCCCAAACGACCCAUGGUUCACAGAAUACCUACUACGCGUUGGGAAUGGAACCGAGGAGACAAAUGAUGAUGGUGAAAUACUUCUACCUACAAGUAUAUGUGUGCCAAAUAAGGCGGAUGAUAAUGGCCUUGAUAGACUGAUUGACAGUAUCUACCAACCUGCUUCCCUAAAAGAUCCAAAAUACAUCACGUCAAGGGCAAUUUUAUCCACAAGAAACGACUGCGUAGACAAAAUCAACCUAAAAAUGAUUGAUCGCUUCCAAGGGGAGGAGAUGGUGUACCAUAGCUUCGAUUCUGUAGAAGACGACCCACAUAACUACUAUCCACCAAAAUUCCUAAACACACUCACCCCAAAUGGAUUGCCUCCACAUAUGCUAAAGCUCAAAAUAAAUUGCCCAAUCAUACUACUCAGGAAUAUUGACCCCGCUAAUGGACUAUGCAAUGGCACAAGGUUGCUCGUACGUGGGUUUCAGAAAAAUGCAAUCGAUGCAGAGAUUGUGGUAGGGCAGCACUCAGGAAUGCGAGUUUUCUUGCCUCGGAUACCAUUAUGCCCCUCUGACGACGACAUGUUCCCAUUUAGUUUCAAGAGGAAACAAUUUUCAAUCAGGCUCAGUUUUGCAAUGACAAUAAACAAAUCACAAGGUCAGACAAUAGCAAAUGUCGGCAUCUACUUGCCUGAACCGGUAUUCUCACAUGGUCAACUAUAUGUUGCACUUUCUAGAGCGACCACGACAGCAAACAUAAAGGUACUAACAGGUACACAUGAUGAGAACAAGGAGAAGAAUAAGAAGAUCAGUACAAGUGACACAUACACAAAGGAGGAGAAGAAAAAAAAGAAUAAGAAUAAGAAUAUCAGUGCAAGCAAGACAUACACAAAGAAUAUUGUCUACACAGAAGUCCUCACCAAAUAGAACCAUUGCAGCCAACUGUGAACUUCGCAGUUAGAAUUCAGAACUACUUAUCAUCGUGAAGGAGCAUGUCUUGAUGUCCUGAACCACUAUCCCAUUCAUGGAUAUUUCUGUAUUAUGUGUCCACGAAUUCAUUCGUGGUUAUUUAAAACUUUGAUCAGUCUGACGGUCCCCAUUAUGUUUGUACUAGCUAUAACAAUAAUCUGUGUGUAUAUGCAAAUUUAGCAGCAAAAUGUGUUGUUAAGGGGAAA